UGCCCUCCCCCCCCAGUCGUUCAAAACCUUUUUUUCCCCUCGAUUUGUGUCGUUGUUCAAGUCAGUCUGGCUGUUGCGUCUGACGAGGCCACUCGUGCCUCUGUGUUUGCGUUCUACAAGCAAUUUUUUCAUUGCGUUUAUUCCUCGUUUUUUUUGUUGUUAUUCUUCGUUUUUUUGUGUGUGUAUUUUUGUUCGUUGUUUUUUCUUUCUGGAAAUUCAUUUCCCGUUCACAAUCAGAUAUCGGUAUCGUUUUGCGGCCAUUUCUUCUUUCGAUUUUCCUGUCUGCAAGAUCGCCGACGAAUUUAAGUGGAACUGAUUUGAAAUAAAUAAAAUUAAGAUGGCCAACAACAAAUCGGUGGAACUGAAGCAGAUGAAAAACGGCGAGAUCGUGGAAGACGAUGCGGAUGAUGGACCACCGCACAUUGUGCCUCCCGAUGGCGGAUGGGGCUGGGUCGUUAUGAUAGCCUCUUUCUUCUGCAACAUCAUCGUCGAUGGCAUCAUCUUUUCUUUCGGCCUCGUCGUCACUAAUUUGGCUGAAAGUUUCGACGUGCCCGUCUCUACCGUCUCGUGGGUAGCGUCUCUCCUGGCCGGAUUCUACCUUCUCGCCGGACCGUUCGUGUCGUCUUUAGCGACUCGUUUCGGAUUUCGGUUGGUGGCGUGCGCCGGCAGCGUCGUUGCCGGAUUGAGCUUUGCUGUCGCAUCGCUGGCCAUGUCGGUUGAGUUCCUCUACGUCUUCAUCGGCGUAUUGGGUGGCAUCGGUAUGGGACUUGUCUACGUUCCAGCCGUCGUUGCCGUCGGUUUUUACUUUGAAAAAAGGCGAGCCCUGGCCACCGGCAUCGCCGUUUGCGGCUCUGGUAUUGGUACCUUUGUCCUGGCACCUUUCACUACGUGGCUCCUCGGUUAUUACGGAUGGCGUGGAACGCUUCUCAUCCACGGCGGUCUGGUGUUGAACUGCGCCAUUUUUGGCGCCAUGUUUCGACCUCUGGAACCGGCCAAGAAAAAAUCUGUUCGUCGUCAAUUGGCCGACGAGGAGGUCUCUGCUGGAACUCCGUUGAUGGUGAGGAUCAAAAAAGAGCGAGACGAGAAACUGCGCAGCGACGAACGGCAGGAGACGACCCAGACGGACCACUUUCACUCAUCUACCAAUUCGUUGAACAACACGGUUAAAUUGGUGGGCAUUAAAAGCAAACGGUCGUCGACAUUGACCGAUUCGUCCGCGUCUCUCGGCAAAAAAGAGACGCCAUUGCUGGCGGCUGGGGGCAGCAAACGAUCGCUGGCCAAUCAAGACGACGUCCGGCCAUUGAAUCGCGACGAUGCCUUUUACACUGGCAGUCUGCAACGUUUACCUCAAUACAGAGAGAACCCCGCCAGCUAUCACGCAUCUGUUACGCGGAUUCCCGACGCUGUCGACGAAGCCGACGGAGGCAAAAAAUCUUCGCGAUGCAUGCGAGCCGUUUCUUCGUUGAUCCAAUUUUCGCUCUUUAAAUCUGCCACGUUCGAUUUGCUCUGCUUUUCGAGUUUCAUCACUUUCCUCGGUUUUUUCGUGCCGUUCAUGUUCCUGGCCGCCCGUGCCGAGCAAUUGGGAGCCGAUAAAGAGUCUGCCUCUUUUCUGCUGUCCAUCAUCGGCGUGACCAACACGGUGGGUCGUGUCGUUUGCGGAGCUCUCUCCGAUCAUCCCAAAGUGAAUGUUCUCUUCGUCAACAACGCUGCCUUGACACUUGGCGGCGUUGUCACCAUCGCCACGCCCUUUUUCCCGGCCUACGAGAUGCUCAUUGUCUACGCUUGCCUUUUCGGCUUGUCCAUCGCGUGUUUCGCAUCGCUGCGUUCCAUCCUUAUGGUCGAACUGCUCGGUCUGGAGAAUUUGACCAACGCCUUUGGUCUCUGUCUGAUGUUCACUGGUGUGUCGGCCACGGUGGGCGGUCCAUUAGCCAGUAUGUUUUUUGAUGCAACCAACGAUUACGACGCCUCUUUCUACUUGUCUGGCUCCAUGAUUCUCAUUUCUGGCAUCCUCUGUUAUCCGCUCGGUUACAUCAACCGAUGGGAAAAGAGGCGCAACAAUGCCGCCCAGCAUAAUAAACAAAAAGUGAAGCCCGUUCCCGAACCGGAACCACUAGCCGUUGCGUAACAGGAAAUUUCGGUUUGGUUUUUUUCUCUUUUUCCCCGUGCCUCUCCAACGUACUAUUUACGUGUAUAUAGUACUUACGAUUGCAUUAGACACUCUUUUUUUUUUUAAAUAAUGCAAUUGUUAAAAGAAAAUGUGGAGAAUUGAAAGGAAUAGAAACAAAAUCAGUAACGUUGUGGAUAACGCAAAGAUAUGGACGAACCUCAGCCACCCUUUUCGUGACUACCUUAUUCAAAUAUCCCCCCCAGAAACAUGCUAUGUUAAAUAUGCGAUGGACUUUGAAGUGUACCAAUUGUGCAAAAAGGAUGACUCGUCCCGGUGAGUGUCUUUAAACGUUUGUCAAUUUUUUUGUUUUUUGUUUUUUCUAUCAAUUCUCCAGUUCCACUAAAUAUCUAACACCGAAUUUUGGUAAAGAUGGGAAAGACGUUUAUUUUGAAUGCUAUGCUCUAGAAACAAAUGCUGCAACAUAUCUUUAAAUGUUAGAUCAUAUGGGCAUUCAAAUUGGGAAUCUAUUUUUCUUUGUGUCUUUGGACGACUGCUGUGUUCUAUAUGCAUUUAAUAUUUGAAUAAUUAGGGAAUAAAAGAAACCUGUUAGGUCAGAAUGAAAAGCUAUACAGGAAAUCGAAUCUGUACAAUAAUUCAAACAAUUAUUACAUUUUUUUAAUUCGUU